AUGUCGGGGGGCAAGACGACACUAAAUCCCAACAAAAAUUUGCUAACUGAGAAAACAAAGAUCGAGAAUGAAGCUGUGGAGCUGCUUCGAAGUCUUGAAAUCUCCGAAGGUUCAACUGAGCUUAUGCCGAAACCAGAGCCGGGAAAAGCUGGAAAGCCCAUACAAGUUUUGACCAACAUUUAUGCGGUCAAGAUUCCAGAGAAGGAGAUCUUUAGGUACGAUGUCACGAUCAGUGGAAUAGCGAUAAGGAAUCGGAAAGAAGUCGAGUUUUCGAAGAAAUCGGAGGAAUCGUAAGUCUUUUUUAUUAUUGUUGGUUUUUAGGUGUUUGGUGGAAACUUAUGGCCAAAAACGGUUAAGAAACAGAGGUAUUUGAACUUUGGUUGCUAUGAAAAGAUUAAUUAUGCUUAUUGUAUCUUGCUUAAGGUUACAUUUACCUUGUUACAGGUUAAAGUUUUAGUUUUUGAAAGGAAAAAAUCAGUUUUUGGGCCAAACUGCAUGGAUAAUCUUCUUUUAAUUAUAACUUAAUGUUUAAAUUAGUUGAAAGCUUGAAACUUACAGGGAAUUUAGUUUAUUAAGUUAGUCAGCUAAACAACAAAGGGAUUGAUAUAUCUACAUUAAUAUCACUUAUUUUAGGAUUGUUAUUGCGGACCGUGUCACCGUAUGUCGUGCGGCGUGGCGGGAAAUCUUCAGAUUAAAUUCUGACUUAUUUGGUACGAACAUCCACCGCAUCUACUACGAUUUGCAAUCCACGUUGUACUCAUUGUUUGAACUUCCAAUCGAGAAGGAUAGUAAAGAGUUGGCUAUUCCUGUGUCUGAUAUUGAAGAUGAAACGAUCGCAAGACUUUUUGCAGGAAUUGGAGAAAUUAGAAUUUUGAUUAAGAAAGCCGUCUCGAAUCGUAUUCAGCUGAACGACUUGACUACGAUUCAUAAUCCGGAAACUGGAAGGAAGGACAGGAGCAUCAUGAACAUUAUCGAGUUGAUGGUCAAUCAGGUGCCAAUGUUUAAUGAGUAAGUUUUUCGUCUUUAAACAAAGUUGUUGUUGUUCUAGGCUAUGUACAGAAAGUUCUUGCUAUUUUGAGUUUUGUAAAGAAAGUUUUUGUUGUUUUUUGUUUUUUAAUGCAAGUUAUCGUUAUUUUUCACUGUUUUUUAGAAACCAAUUUUUGACUCUUCGUGGAUCAUCAUCUUAUGUUGUGGACGCUGAACGUUUUGGCCUUCCUGAAUGCCCCUUGGACGACGGUGGCACUAAGUUUUUGGCGGCUGGUGUAAAAAGAAGUGCUUGUUUUAUCGAGGGAUGGGAGGGAUGCAAACCGGCAGUUGGUAUGAUGCUGGAAAGUAAGUUUUUGCAAUUUUCAUUGCUUUUGAAAUUACCGGUAAGGUUUUGUAACAGAACUUUUUGCACACCCUAUAAAAAGCAACUUUAAAUUCAAAUUUAAACUUAAAUUAUCAUUUUUUUAGCCAGAAGAUCACCAUUUCACUCGACUCUUAAUCUGAUCGACUACAUCCGCAGAUACGGCCCCUUCGAAGGGUAUUACAACAGCUUUAUUAGCGGCCAUUGUACCGACAACGCUCUACGCCACAUUUCCUCGGUUCUUCGUAACAUGACAUUCGUUGUUGAACACCGAAGAGCGCGGAAGAUUGAAAUUUCGACGUUUGUCGCGAAAAACGCACAAACUCAUAUGAUUGAACAACGAUCGCUUGAAGAAUACCUGUUUGAGAGGUACGGCCAAAGGCUGCGCUUCCCAUGCGCACAUUUGGCCACGGUCAAGGUCAGGGGACAACACAUGUUCUACCCACCUGAACAUUUGAUGGUAGCCGAUAAUCAGCUAGUGUUGGAAAAGCAAAUGGAGGCGAGAGAAAAGGCCAACAUGAUUAGGGUAAGGGUUGAUACCUAUAAUUUGGGGGGGGGGUUGAAAUUUUUAAUAUUUUUUGUGAAUGAGUCUUCUCAUCAUGACAAAUUAUUAUAAAUUCACCUCUUGAUAUUGCUAUUUUAUUACACACCAAUUUCAGAUCGCGGCCGUUCGCCCAGACGUGCUUCAAGACGAAUCGGUUAAAGGUGCCCGCGCCAUCCAACUUCACGACUCACCGUACACAGGCGCGGCCGAUGUCCGGUUCUCGAAGACCGUGAUGAAGGUGAAUGCCAGACAAUUGCCAAUGCCAAAAAUGGUCUACGCCAAGAACGCCGAAUCUCAACAAACUCGGGGCGAAGCCGCGUGGAGACAGUUGCCAUUUAUUCGUGGCGCCAGAAUCGAAGCCUUCAGCAUGUAUGUGGUGGGCACUGCGCCUACACCAUGUGUCUUCCAACCUGAUCAAAAGCGGCUGGUUCAAUCGCUUCAAACUAGUGCGAAAUCGUUCGGUAUGGAUAUUGGUAAGCUGGCCGACACGGCUUACAUUUAUGACAAUGAAGUGGAUGAAAAGAUCAGAUUGAACAAGGAAAACGGUGUGAAUUUUGUCUACUUUAUCAGUCCAGACAGCAUCAAAUCAGCUCAUGGUAAGUUAUUAUUAGGCAUUUUUUUAGGCUUGCAUUAUAUUUUUUAGGCUUAGCUGCAGGUUUAUGUUAGGCUUAGCUUAGAUUUUGCUUUAGGCUUAUUUUAGGCUCAGUUUAGGCUUUACUUUAGGCUUAUUUUAGGCUUAGCUUACAUUUUGCUUUAGGCUUAUCUUAGGCUUACCUAUACGCUUAUUCUUAGGCUUAGUUGUAGUUUAGUUUCAGGCAUAGAUUUAGUCGUAAGAUUUGUCUUAGGCUUGCUGUUAGGUGUUAUAUCAGGCACACAAUUAGACUUAAACGUAGAACUUUAACAAUUUCAGACUUUAUGAAGAACGCGGAACACAAGUACGCAGUCGCCACUCAAGACAUCCGCGUCAACACCGUGAAGAAGAUUCUCCAACGUGCUGGCGCUACAUUGGAAAAUGUCAUCGCCAAAACCAACCUCAAGCUGGGCGGAGUCAACUUCAGUGUGAAAUCCGGAACUCCCGAGGUUCAAGCACAGUUGGAGAAGACGUUGUUCAUUGGUAUCUCCAACUCUCAACCUGGAUCCAAAACCGCGGUCGAUAAGGCUCAAACCAAGAAUCGAAAGAACGAAAAACCAGGAGUUUUGGGCUAUUGCGCAAAUAUCUGUGAAGACAAGGACACAUUUGCCGGAGAUUUCAUGUACAUCGAUGCUUAUCGGUAAGAAGGUGAAACAUUGAUUUUUGUGGCAUUUUGUUGUAAAAUCGAUGUUUGAAAAUUUGACAUUUCGUUUUAAAAUCAAUAUAUUAAAUAUUGACGUUUCGUUAUAAAAUCAAUAUGUCUAAUAUUGAUAUUUUGUUGUAAUUUAAGCUUUAAAAUGUAAUUUCACUGGUAUUUCUUUAGAAAUGAGAUCUACAAGCUUCUGGUCAAGAUCAACGAGCGUUGUGUCAAGUACUUCACGGAGAACCGUGGCCAUCCCCCAGAAAACGUCGUAUUCUACUACGCCGGUGUCGCCGAAGGUCAAUUCGACAACAUUCUGAAGCUGUGUGUACCACUGAUGAAGGAGGGUAUCCGACGUGCCAACAAUAAUGUUGACAUCCCAUUGUGUGUUAUCUCAGUUCAAAAGGUCAACAACUUGACUCUGUUCCCAACGCAGUUCCCUCCAGCACGUCAAGACUCCAGAGAUCACGAAUUCAACGUUCUACCCGGCACGGUGGUCGACACGAAGAUUGUACACCCGCUGUACGCCCAAUUCUUCCUGGUACCACACACGGCCAUUAAGGGAUCGGCCAAAGUUCCAAGGUUCUCGGUUCUUCUGAAUGAGCCUCAGUUCACCAUGGACACGAUUGAAGGAUUCUCGAAUGCUUUGUGUUACGAACAUCAGAUCGUGGCCCGAGCUACAGCGUUGCCAACACCGUUGAUGGUCGCCGAGGAUUAUGCCAACAGAGGAAGACAUGUCUUCUUGGCUGCGUAGGUUUUUUGAAGGAUUUGUGGUAAAAAUGGGGUCGUUAGGCCAGGGGUGGACGAUAGAGGAGUAGAGGAUGAUAGGGUAGAUUAGGAGUGGAAAAGGUAAGACAGGGUAGCGCUGCAUAAGGUAGAGUAUGAUUAAGCAGAUCAGGAGUGGAUAGUAAAGCAAGGUAGGUUAAGUUUAGAUAGGGUGAAGUAAAAUAGGGUAGGGUAAAUUUGGCAAGGUGAUUCAAGGGUAGAUGACGCUUUAUUGAGUGUUAUGCUAAAUAAGAUGGCAAUAAAUUUCGUUACAAAACAAAAAAACGCAAGAACUUUCUUUACAACGCAAAAAAAUGGCAAAAACUUUCUUUACAAAACAAAACAGGGCAAGAACUUUCUUUAAAUCUUAAAAUGGCAAGAACUUUCUUUACAAAACCAAAAAAAGGCAAAAACUUUCUUUAAAAAUCAUUUUUUGAAGAUGUUUUAACUAAUUUUGUGUAAUUUUUAGCGAUUACGAAGAAAAACAGGGCUACUUUGCCUACCCAAGACUUCCUGAUGGAAACGUGGACUUGGAAGCUCUAACCGAACUACUCAGUUACGAACGUUGUCCCGAGCUCAGAAACCGUCGUGUCAACGCCUAA